CCAAUCAGGGAAAUGCGGGUAACCGUUGGGUUUUGAAUUGCCCUCUGAAAACAGCGGCAGAUGACAGCAGCGUCUAGCGCUCGCAAACAUUGCUAAGUUAGUGAGCUAGCUACUUCACAUCACCCGAAACAGCUCCCUGGAAUUCAGCGUUGUCUGCUAUCAUCGACGGAAAAUGUCGAAAAAACAGAUUUACUAUUCUGACAAGUACAACGACGAGGAGUUCGAAUACAGACAUGUGGUGCUUCCAAAGCAGCUGUCUAAAUUGGUGCCCUCCUCCCACCUGAUGGCAGAAGACGAGUGGAGGGGUCUCGGGGUGCAACAGAGCCAGGGCUGGAUUCACUACAUGAUACACAAACCAGAGCCUCACAUACUGCUUUUCAGAAGACCCCUCCCAAAGGAUUAAAUGGAAACCUGUAGAAUACCUUCUAUCAUCUCUGCUGAUUUGUAUUGUCUAUGAACCAUACAUCUCUCCUACAUACGUUCCAAUGUACUGUCUAGUAUCCUUAGUUGUCUUCAGUCCUUAAAACUCCCUCAAUUUUUAGAGGUAAUGAAAGGCAAACAGCUUGAUUCCACUGUGAAUGAUAACCAUAUAAACAAUAUGAUGGUAAAAGUUUUCCUGUCAAUUGUAAAUCUAAAUGCAUUUUUUAAUGUCUUUUUGAUGCCAAUUUUAUAAUUGAUUUAUUUACUGAGUACCAUGUAGUUUUUUUU